AUGAGUCCCUCUGCUCCUGCGUCGGAAUCCACAGCUCCAGUGACAACUGAGGCACAACAACACGACACCAAGGUUCAGCUCGCUGGCAAGGUCAUCGCCGUAACUGGUGCCAACCGUGGUAUUGGACUGGGAGUUGCAGAGUCCUGUCUUGAAAAUGGCGCCGCCGCUGUUUACUCGAUAGACAUCGCUUCUCCUGGCGAUGACUUUGCUACCGCCCAGAAGAAAUGGGGCAAGAAGUUGCGCGCCAUCUCGGCUGACACAACCAAAGAAGCAACAGUCACCGCUGCCGUCGACAAGAUUAUCGAGGAGCAGGGCGCCAUCCACGGGAUGGUGGUGAACGCUGGCAAAACCAACCAUAAGGCCGCCCUGGACUUUACCGAGGAGGAAAUUCUGUCGUUGUUCAACAUCAACUUGUUUGGCGCCUUUUACUCGGCUCGUGCUGCUGCGCGCGCCUUCAUCAAGCUCGGCAUCAAGGGUGCCAUUGUCUUCACAGCCUCCAUGGCCUCGUACCGUCCGAACAAGCGCGUCCCGUCCGCGCCUUAUGGCGCUACCAAGGCUGGCAUCCGCAACAUGACACACACUCUCGCCAUGGAGUGGGCCAAGCACGGCAUCCGUGUCAACUCGGUGUCGCCCGGUCUCGUCGAGACCGCCAUGACCUACUGGGUGCCUCAGCAGCCGGACUGGGAGCAGCAGUUGAAGUACUAUGGCGGUAUGCCCCGUCUUGCGCAGAUUCGAGAACUAGGUGGCGCGUAUGUAUACUUGUUGAGCGACGCGGCAAGCUAUACCACGUCCAUCGACAUCCCAGUGAAUGGUGUUAUCGGAAAAGAGCUCGAAGACGAGCAAUAUGCCUCCUCUGAGGACUCGGACUUUGCGCCCGAUGCGGUUCCAGCGACAGCCGACUCUGACGUGUCCGACUCCGAACCCGAAGAAGUUGCGGACGCCGAUCAAUCCAGCAAGCGCGCAAAGGCCAAGGCCAACAAAAAGACAGCAGAUGAUGAAGGGUAUGAUAAUUCAGGUGACGAGGCUAUCAUCAAAAAGGGGGAGAGAAAGAGUAAACGAAGGAAAGGGAAGGAUGCAGAGGACGAGGACGAAGGUGGCGAUGGCGGAUUGAUCAAGACAAGGCGCCAGCGCGCUGCAGAAAAGGAAGAGCGUCAGAUGGCCGUCAGCACCGGCCCCGUCACCGUCGACGUCGACGCCCUCUGGGCAGACAUGAUCUCAGGCAAAGCAACCGUACCAGCAAGCCAGCCAGUCGAAGACAUUAUCAUGGAAGAGGCACCCAAACCGGACCCAAUACCAGAAGAGGAAAUGAUCCGUAUAAAACGGACGUACAACUUUGCGGGAAAGGUACAUACCGAAGAGAAACUGGUUCGCAAAGAAUCGGCCGAAGCAAAACUCUACUUUGCCUCGAACCCGCAGCCAGACAACGAGACACCAGACGCGCCCCCGAAAAGGGCCACACGGAAGGCCUUUCGAAGUCGCUUCGAGCCCCCACCGGCCGAGGGUUUUGCCCAGCGCGCCGAUCUCAACUUGGGCGUCACUGCGCGCCGCGAGGCCGCGGCCAAGAAACUCAACACGGUCGAGAAGAGCAGGAUGGACUGGGCUGGCUUUGUGGAUAAGGAGGGCAUCCAGGACGAACUAGAAAUGGCUGCCAAAUCCAAAGAGUCGUACAAUGCCCGAACGGAAUUCCUGGCACGGAGUGAGGCGAAGCGAGACGAGGAUGCGCGGAGGGUCAGAAUGGCGGGGCGAACUUGA